UUCAGUGAGUGAUAAUUCGAACGAGCUCGUUUUUUCUACGUUCAGUGGGGACAUAAUGGAUCAUUCUCUCAAAAGAGAGAAGUCUGUGGAAAGAAAAAGAAAAAAGGUCAAAGAUUCAAUAUCCUGUGAGAGGAGUGAGCCAUCAGAAUCAAUUAUGAAUACUGAGGAAAAUGCAGGGAUUUUUAUAGAAGACUAUUUGGACAUGAACAACAUUCCAAGUAUUGAAGAGCACUUCAACCAUCAAAUCGUUGAUGGCGUUUUUGUAAUUGAACAAACAACAUCAGAAAAUGGUGCGGAAACAACACAGUAUCUACAUGUGAACAAUCUUUUAACAGCUGUUGAUUACCAAGAAAAAAUUCUUCAGAAUCGGCAGAAAAUCUUGAGGAAACAACAGAGGAAACGGCUCUUGAGGACAAUAAUCUUGUAGCAGUUGAGUAUGAAGAAGUUGCCGAGCCGGUCACCAGUCGUAGACAACUCGUCAAUGAGUGCACCGCCAUUUUGACCACGCUACGAUCGCUAGUGUGGGACCUGAGUGAUAGUGAGUUGAGUAUUUAUAAGGCCAACUUGAAGACUCUCCUAGAAAUCUCUCUCGGUCAAGUCCCUGCUGAAGAAAGUUUGCCUCAGUGACAUUCAUUUCAAAUUGGAUGGAUGGUGGAAAUUGAUAUUAUUUAGUCAUGUAUAAUUGUUACACUUAUGUGAAAAGAAUGUUUAUAUUUGUCACUUGUUACUGUGAGGAAUGCUCAAGUGAAUCUCAUUGCACUUCAACCCAAGACUGACUAUUAUCAAUACCUACUAUUACUUCUGGCCCCACAACUAAUCAAUGACGUCAUAACAUGUAGAUUGAUUCUUCCUAGAAUUUCUACUAGCGUAUCAAUGUAUGGUAUGCUCUUCAACGUUUGUUACUGUAUCGAUUUUUUAUUAAUACUAUCUAAACUCCAGAUAAAAUACAUAUGUAUUUUAUUCAAUAGCAAUUUUAUCAAA